AUGGAUUUCGCCGCGUUGAUGUCCAAGGAGAUCUCUAAGGCUAAGGGUAGUGAUUCCUCCAAACCAUCCGCCAAAGACACCGCAAAAAGCUCCCCAGUACCAGCAAAGAAAUAUAUGCGACGAGGCGAUGUCGAAGCUGCCCGCAUUCAAGCCUACAAAGAAGAGCAAGAGAGACUUGCACGCGAACGUGAAGAGCGCAUGGCGAACAAGCGCAAGCUCGAAGACGAAGAAGCGGAUCGAAACCGAGAACGCGAGGAGAAGAAGCGAAGACUAGCCGAGGAGUCCAAGACGAGAAGAGAACAAGAAGAAUCAGCCAAAGAACGUGAACGGCGGCGGAGACUCGGUCUGCCCGAGCUGCCUGAGAACACCCCAGCCGACGGCGACGAAGAGGAAGAUAUCGAGGAGGAGGAGCUUAUUGCAAAAUUACGAGAGUUGAAUGCGCCAAUAAUAUUGUUUGGAGAGGACUACCGAGCCCGUCUUCGACGAUAUCGUCGUCUGGUUCAACGUGCCGCUAUUCCCAAGAAGAAGGUGACCGAUGGACCUAUCCCUACCACUCUGGAGCCUGUGCCUGGUGGACAGAUGAUCAUCCCGGCCAAGAUCCCGAAAGACCAAGAGGGCCGUCUGUUCCUUUUCCGGCAGUUGGGAUCUUACUUCAACAUGGUUUUGUCAGAAUGGGAACUGGCACUUGCGAAGCGUGAUGUUUCUGUGCGGGAAAGCUUCCAGGGAAAACAAGCGUUCAAUGCCAUGACUCAAUCACGCGAGAAUAUGACACCGUUGUUUCGCCUCUUCGAGAAGGCUGAGCUAGAGGACGGGCUGUUGGAGCCGAUCGUUGAAAUCGUUCACAAGGCGCAGCAGCGGCGAUAUGUCGAUGCAAAUGAUGCUUACCUACGAGUGAGCAUCGGUAAAGCAGCAUGGCCUAUCGGUGUGACCAUGGUUGGUAUUCACGAGCGAUCUGCACGAGAGAAGCUGCAUCAAAGUGACCAGCAGGCACACAUUCUGAGUGACGAGAUUACUCGCAAAUAUCUACAGAGUAUCAAGCGCUGCUUGAGCUUUGCGCAAGUCCGCUGGCCCCCGGAGGAUCAAUUGCAGAUGAUGGGCUAG